UUCAAUUUUGAAAGAACAGUUACAGAGGGAGGGAGGGAGGCAGAGAGAGAGAGAUGCGUGCGGACGGAGAAACAACCUCCGAUAUCCCGUCAUUUCUGCUCUUAUCGUCGGACCCAGAAGACGAGAACAACGCUCCUGCUAAACAUCCCUCAACAACCGACCAUGAACAUGAACAUGAACAAGACGACACUUUCGUUUCCGAUUUCUUUCGCUGCGGAGCCGAUUGGUCUUGCUUAUUACAGCAAGACCAAGACAGUAGUAUUUCUACUACUUCACGCAAUUCGGAGAGAAACCUGAAACAAACCAAUUUGUUCCAGAUGUGGGGACUGAAAAGACCCCAUCUCCAAAAUGUCCCUUCUCGAACCCCUAUGGUUGUGAAGAAGAUGAAGAUUGGGAGGGAAGGAUCAUCCCAUCUCAGAAACGCCACCGACACCGCUAAUCGCCCCCGUCUUUGCCCCUUCUACAAGAAAAUCCCUGGCACGCCCUUCACUGUCGAUGCAUUCCGCUAUGGUCGUAUUGAAGGAUGCUCCUCAUAUUUUCUAACCCAUUUCCAUUAUGAUCACUAUGGUGGACUCAACAAAGGAUGGUCCCAUGGCCCCAUCUAUUGCACCCCCCUCACUGCUCGCCUACUCAAAACGUGUCUCUCCAUAAAUCCAUCAUUUAUCUGUCCUUUGGAGCUAAAUACUGAGCAUGUAAUCGAAAGAGUCAAAGUAACGUUACUAGAAGCUAAUCACUGCCCAGGUGCAGCUAUGAUUCACUUUCGUCUCUCAAAUGGCCAAUCCUAUUUGCACACAGGAGACUUCAGAGCUUGUAAACUGAUGCAAACUUACCCCCUUCUUGUAAAUGAACGAGUAAAUGUACUUUACCUGGAUACAACAUAUUGCAACCAAAAGUACAAGUUCCCUUCCAAAGAAGAUGUCUUAAGUUAUGUCAUCAGAAUUACCCAGAACUUUCUUAAAAAGCAACCAAAAACUCUUGUUGUUGUUGGAGCCUAUAGCAUUGGCAAAGAAUGUGUUUAUCUAGCUAUUUCUAAGGCAUUAGGGGUUAAAAUAUACGCAAAUGCUUCAAGGAGACGAAUUUUGCAGUCUUUUGGCUGGCCCGAGCUUGCUGAGAUUCUCUGUUCGAAUGGAAAGGACACACUUCUUCAUGUUCUGCCUAUAUCAUCCCUGAGAUUUGAGACCCUUAAGGAUUAUUUGAAGACCUUCAUGGGUCAAUUUGCGGCAGUUUUGGCAUUUCGGCCAACAGGUUGGACUUACUCUGAGACCAUAGGCAGCCAACUGGAUCUAAUCAAACCUAGUUCUAAAGGCAAUGUCACAAUUUAUGGGGUUCCAUAUAGUGAGCACUCCAGUUUCACUGAACUACGAGAAUUUGUUCAGUGUCUGAGGCCUGACAAGAUUAUUCCUACUGUCAAUGUUGGUGCUGCUGCUAAUCGAGACAAGAUGCACUCCUACUUCAGAGAAUGGAUGAAGGUUGAUGUCCUAGCAAAGGUUGACAGAUGAAGUUUUUAAUUUCAGAUCUACCUUAUAACCUUAGAGAAUGUGAUAAAUGUACUCUUUAUUUGUCCUUCCGAUGACAAUGAUUUGAUUAGACGCUUGAUCCAUAGUGUGUUUCUGCAAGUUCCUCCAAGCACUGCAACAUUAGCUUGUCAUAUCCAUGACCAUUCAUCAUAUAGUAAAGAGUUCACAAGUUGGCUACAGAUGGUUUAACUGAAGUAUGCAGGGUAAGCAGGGAGCAGUUUCCUUCUUCAGUGCUUCAAUUUUUAAUUUUUACUUCACAAAAAAGAUUCCUCUGAUUCUUGGGAAAAUUACAUGAGGAAAAACCAAGACAAAACAUUUAAUGGAUUUGUAAUCCUUUCAUGACGGUGUUUGUAAUCUUCUCAAAUCUGCAUCUAUGUUACCCAGACCCUUGAAAAAUAUGAAGAUUUAUAUUACGUUUCACAGGUAUGAAUUUCAGAUUUCCACCAUUUUGGAAUAUGUAAUAGCUGUAAUCUCAUCAGGGUAAUGUCAAGUCAAAAAGGUUUGAUAUUCCAAAUUUUUUGUACUUCAAUUUAUAGACCUUGGCAAUGGUAAUGAAAUUGAUUAAGUAAUUUCUUAUA